UGCUCAAUUUCUUCGAAGCUUCUUUGUCUACGUCUCUAAAUAAUUUUCAUUAUACAAUGAUAAUAAUGCGGAAAGCAGAUAAUUCAAAAUAGUAUUACUAAAUUCAAACACGUUUUAUUUUCUGUUGUGACUAUAAAUAUUAGGCACAUAAGAGCGAGCAUCUCCUAAUAAAUCACAUUUAUUUAUCUGUCAUAUAUAGUCCUACACUGCUACACAGAUUUUGGUUCAGUUGAGUUUGACAUUUGCCAUGGAGCUUAAAAAUGCAGAAGCCUCUGAUCAUGACAUACUCAACGAACUCAAGUUGUUCGACGACUCGAAAGCUGGAGUCAGAGGCCUCGUUGCUUCUGGUGUUUCCAAAAUUCCCAGGUUCUUUAUUCAUCCAGCAGACAAGCUACCCAAGGCAGAUGCUCAGCUCGACUUGCCAGUGAUUAGCCUCGAGGGAUUUCAACAUGCGAGCCGACGAGCUGAAAUCGUGGCUGGAAUUGGCGAAGCCUGCGAGAAAUGGGGAUUCUUUCGGAUCACUGAGCAUGGAGUUCCUGAGGCUGUGACUGAUGCUGUGUUGGAAGUUACGAGACAAUUUCAUGAACAGGCGAAGGAGUUGAAAGCAGAGUUUUAUACGCGGGACCUUAAGCGCAGGGUCAAGUAUUAUAGCACUCUGGAUCUUUUUGUCACGAAGAUUGGACAGUGGAGGGAUACUGUUACCUGUGAUUUUGAUGAUGGAGUUGUUGAUCGUGAAGGAUUGCCUUCUGUUAUGAGAGAAGCAAUUGAAGAAUAUGUGGAAUGCUUAAAUAAGCUGAAGAAACUACUGUCUGAAUUGCUAUCGGAGGCUCUGGGGCUGAACAGUGACCACCUUGCUAGCUUAAGAUGUUUCGAAACUCAGAAAUUAUCCUGCCAUUACUAUCCUCCAUGUCCAGAGCCCAAAUUGACAUUAGGCACGUCGAAACACUCUGACCCUAAUUUUCUAACCGUUCUCCUCCAAGAUUCUAUCGGCGCCCUCCAAAUCCUGCACGAGAACAAAUGGAUGGAUGUGCCUCCUAAGAAAGGAUCACUCCUAGUAAAUGUAGGAGACUUACUGCAGCUGAUAACUAAUGAUAAAUUCAAGAGUGUUCGUCACAGAGUGGUGGCAAACUAUGAAGGUCCAAGGGUCUCUGUGGCCAGCUUCUUCUACCCUCGUAACAAUGAGCUAACAGAGCCUUAUGGACCAAUAAAGCAACUUCUGUCAACCGAUAAUCCACCAAAAUACAGGGAAAUCAGCACCCUCGAGUUCAUAACUUAUUAUAUGUCAAGAGGGCUUGAUGGUGCUGCAAUUCUUCCUCAUUUUGAGCACCAAUAGAUGAUGUUCUCCCGAAAUUAGUACAAUAUGAACUCAUUCUCUAUUGUAAUCAUAAAUGUUAAACUUUGUGCGAAACAUACUAAACUUUCGUAUGUAUGAUUAAAGUUUUAUCUUUGUCAUAACUAUAGUGUUACCCGUGAGAACCGAGAAUUUUUUUAAUGAA